AAAAUCAUUGUGAAUUAUUACUUGUAGUCACAGCAAGCGGGCAUUUACAUUUCAAUCAACAUCUCAGCUAAUUGUGAAAAUUCGUAAUAAAAUAUUAGUUAUACUGUACUGCUAGCAGUUAUUUAGAAAAUAGUAAAUAAAGCACAUAGAAUAGUUAUAAUGAGCCCACGUUCACGUAGUCGUAGCAUUUCACCACGUCGUAGUUACACAAAGUCGCCAGUGCGGCGCGGCAAUGGGCGCCGUCGGCAUUCUAGAGAAAAGGUUUACGAUUCUCGUAGUCGUUCAGUGUCACGACAACCGCCUUCACCACCGCCACUGCCAACAGGACGAGGUGGACGUUACUCCGAAGCCAGCCAAAGCUCAUCAACGUCACUCUCACCACGUCAUGGUCGUCGUGUAUCCCGUUCACGUUCCCGCAGCACAUACGAAAAACGACGCGGUAAUCGGUUUGCAUUUUCGCAGGAGAAGCCCGUGCAAAAUCGCUGCAUAGGUGUAUUUGGUUUAAGUGUGUAUACAACGCAACAGAAAAUACGCGAUAUAUUCUCAAGAUUUGGUCCCAUCGAGCGAAUACAAGUUGUAAUUGAUGCACAGACUGGCCGAUCACGUGGAUUUUGUUUUAUUUAUUAUGAAGAUAUAGCGGAUGCUAAAGCGGCCAAGGACGCUUGUUCCGGCAUGGAAAUCGAUGAUCGGCGCAUACGUGUCGAUUACUCAACAACACAAAGGCCACACACACCCACACCUGGCGUCUAUAUGGGACGACAUACAAGGCGUGAACGUGAGCAUAAUGAUCGCUAUCGUGAUGACUAUCGUUCGCGUCGUCGUUCGGGCUCACCUUAUCACAGUCGCAAUAAUUAUCGCAGUGAGCGCCGGCGUCGUUAUGAACGUAGCCGGAGUCGUUCCUAUUCGCCGCGGCGUGCACGCUAUUAAAACUGCUCUUUGUAUAUAUUAAACUUUUAACAGCAGUUUAAA